GACUUUGAGAGAUCAACAUGCGCGCUAUCUUUGCUGUUUUGGCUGUGACUUUGUUGGGAGUGGUCAGUGCCACCUCCCUGUCCAGGACCUACUUGCCUCCGUUGGCCCAAGUCCAGGUGGUGCCUCAAGUCCAGGUGGUUCCACAAGUCCAGGUGGUACCUCAGGUGAUCCAACGCCCAGUGGUGCAUCCCCAAGUGGUGGUGGCUCGUCCAGUGGUGGUGCCUCAGCGCACUUACCUGCCCCCAGCACCCAGAGUGGUGCCGCAAGUGAUUCAAGUGGCUCGUCCUGUCCCCCAAGUGGUGACAGUUGCUCGUCCAGCUCCUCAUGUGGUUUCUGUGGCUCGCCCUGUUCCCCAAGUGAUCUCUGUAGCUCGUCCAGUUCCCCAAGUGAUUACCGUGGCUCAUCCUGCUCCCCAGGUGAUCUCCCUCCCGGUGCCACGCAACACUUAUCUACCACCAGCCGUGGUCUCUGCCCCACGUAACACCUACCUGCCACCCCAGUGAGCAGCUGCAUCAUCAUCAUCGAAAAAUCUAAACAAGCUGCUCAACAGGUUUGUGGUUUAACCCACGCCGCCAACUAUAUUCUAAUGCUAAUUCCCGAUGGCAGAGAAGAAAUGCAAAAAUACUUUUUAUGAGUUUAUUUGCAUGUCUGACUCUACUCCAUUUGCAUAUUCCAGAAUUAGUGAAGAAUAGGUUGAAAAACAAACAAUAAAGGUAGCGCAGAUAGAUAAACAAAGACUUGUGU